AUGCUGCAGUGUGGAAUGGUGGGUGUGAAAGCCACUACCACUGUGCUCUCGGGGUCGCUAACCUGUAUGGACAAGGGAGACUGCCAGGACUCAUCCAGCCCCAUCAGGAACACACACACCGGACAGGUUCAGAGUAGCCUUGUAUACUUGGAGGAUAUCAACAUGGGAGUCCACACCUUCCUGGGAAUUCCUUUUGCCAAGCCACCUGUAGGACCUCUGCAGUUUGCUCCUCCUGAGCCCCCUGAACCAUGGAGUGGUGUGAGGGAUGGAACUUCCCAUCCUGCCAUUUGUCUACAGAAUAUCACUAUAAUGAAUUCAGCAACCGAGAUCCUGUUCAAAAGCACCCCAUCUCUUCUUUCUAUGUCUGAAGACUACCUGUACCUCAACAUCUACUUACCUGCUCAUGCUUCUGAGAGCUCCAACCUGCCUGUAAUUGUAUGUAUCCAUGGCAGUGGACUCACUGUGGCCAUGGCUUCUGUGUAUGACGGAUCGAAGCUAGCAGCCAUUGAGGACAUACUGGUGAUCACCAUCCAGUACUGCCUGGGUGUCCUGGGUUACUUCAGCACUGGAGAUGAGCAUGCCAGAGACAACUGGGGCUUCCUGGACCAAGUGGCCGCCCUGCACUGGGUCUUGCAGAAUAUCGCCCACUUUGGAGGCCACCCUGGCCAGGUCACUAUUUUUGGCGAGUCAGCAGGUGGCACAAGUGUGUCUUCACUUCUUUUGUCCCCAUUGUCCAAAGGACUCUUCCACGGAGCCAUUAUGCAGAGUGGAGUGGCCAGGAUGCCUGGUCUCGUCUCCCAGUCUGAGGAGGUUUACACAGUGAGUUCCCUCAAUUCUAUGAUGCCUCUUGGUGUUGCUGACAUUCUGGAAAGGAAGUAUUUGGGAGACACUGAAGACCUUGAGAUUUUCCAAGCACAGUUCAAGGAGGUGAUGGAAGACUUUAUGUUUGUGGUUCCUGCUUUGCAAGUAGCACAUGCUCAGAGUCCCCUUGCCCCUGUCUACUUUUAUGAGUUCCAGCACCCAUCCAACUUCUUCAAAGACGUCAGACCACCUGAUGUGAAGGCUGACCAUGUUGACUUCACUGAGGAGGAGGGUCUGCUGAGCAGGAAGAUAACGAAGUACUGGGCUAACUUUGCAAGACAUGGGAACCCCAACAGCAUGGACCUGCCCCACUGGCCUGUGUUUACCCAGGAUGAGCAGUACCUGCAGCUGGACAUCCAGACUACUGUGGGCUAUGCUCUGAAGGCCAACAGGAUGCAGUUCUGGACCAAGAUUCUGUCCCAGAAGAUCCAGCAGCUGAAGGAUGUUGAGAAAAAGCACACAGAGCUGUAG